GCGAAGCCGAAGCUACUUACAAAAGCACGUUUCCGGAUGAUGCUCACACUGCACGAGCUCGCAUGCUUGGCAGGGACACUGAAUGCCGGGAGCUCGCUUUUGUAGCCUCUGCUACGCUGGCACUUAUAAUGGAAUGGAGUAUAAAAAACUGUAGUGGGGAAGCGUAAUGACGCAUGUUCGAAAUGCAAGCCACAAAUAUUCUGUUUUGCUCGUUUGGAGCACUGCUCAAAAUUUGAGAGCUAUGGGUCUAUGGAGUAAUGCCUGUCAGAUCCCGCUCUUGGCCAGGGUGGCCAGGUGUGCUCAUUGCCAUGCGUGGAUCCAAGCUGCGACGCCAGGCAGCGCGCCAAUCCUGUCCCCAAAGAGUCUUAAAAAUCCUGGGGGGCUCCGAAUCUGCUCCAUGUGCCCCCACGACGAGAAGCCCGCCUCCCCCGUGAAGCGCAAGUUUGCCGAGGAGGACGACGAGGAAUCCCAGGAUAGUGACAGCCCCCAGAAGAGGAAGAAACAGAUCCGCCAGUCGUUGGAGCUCAAGAAGGGCAUCAUGGAAGUCAAGUUCAUCCAUUGCCGCUUGGCUGUCAGAGAUGUCAUCGACCACCUGGACAAGCAUCUGGUCAUCAUCGUCGUCAUCCAACACUGGAGGUGUCGAACAUUUUACAAGCGCCAGCUACGGAUCAAUCUUGCAGUCUUCUUCCUUCUAACAAGCAUGGCUGACACGGAGCCCUUCUGCUGUGCUCUUGCUCAGAAAGCCCAGUUUUCUGGCAUGGGCCUCCCAUGCACCAAGGAACUGCAGCAUUUUGCCCAUCAAAACACUUCCACGUCUGAAGGUUUGCCUUUCAAGUCACAAGGGACCAGGAAGGACAGCAUCUGGUGGUACCUAAUGGCAGUUCCUCUGGAAACACAUCCAUGCUGAGUGCCCAUUUAAUGAAAGACAGAAAUCCAACACGAUAUGUGCCCUACACCAGAUAGCAUUCUUUGCACUAACAAUGCUUCACAUUGCUGAAGUGACGGUGAGGCAAGAUGCUC